AUGGAGACAAAUCGGGAGCUUCACACAUUUCCCAAAGGGGAGACUUGCUCAGAAUGCCCCGCGCGGCGAUGGUACUCCGAGAGUGGGUUUCGAUACUGCCAGAACGGGCAUCAAGUCGAGGGUUUUGUGGAAUUCGAUGUCGACCAAGAGGACAACUUCGGCAAGGCCGGUCGUGUCGCUCGCAAGAAGAGGGAGGUCAAGGAAAAGGAGCGCAAGCACCUCAGUGGAAACGCCGCCAAGGAGCUCUAUCUCGAAUGUAUACAACUCAUUCUGCGCAAGCAGCUCGCCUGGCUAGUGAGAGAAAGAAGUCUGCCGCUCGAAUUGGAGGUCGUGGUCCGUGAUCUCUGGGACUUGCGGGUGAGAUAUUUCGGGGGGCUCAAGAGUGUCGAAGAGAAGCGGAAGGGAAAGAACGUCAAAUCCGAACCCCAGUCGAGCUCUGAUGGCGAACUUGCAUUCUUCAGCUCCCAGAGCGAGGCAGAGCCGUCCUCGGAGGACAAUGCCGCAACACCUCGGAGCAGAUUCAAGAGUUGGACUGCCGACGAGGGUGGCGUGUGGGCGAUGCCCAGCCUGCUUGAUACCCUUGCGCUCAACUACCUUGGCUGCCUCACCAUCCGGCAGCCGGUGAGGAUUGGCGACCUGCAUCGCUGGGCGAAGAGAAAUAAGUUGCCAUACCGUGGUGCCAUCAACGAAAUCCCGAGCGAGAUGCGCGACCGAUUGCCCGCAUCAUACCACAGGGCUCUCCGGGCGAGAUCUGCUGCUUUCAAGGGCGGCAAGCUGCAGCAGGCUGUUAUGGACCUUGCUAUAUCCUAUGAGAAGAACUACGGCAUAAACUUCCCAUCCCUGAAUACGCCGACUAUGUUUCUGCAAUACUUGAGAGAGCUGGCUCUUCCAUUGGAAAUCUACACCUACGCCAGAGAGAUCGUGACCUUGCUUCGGCUGAACUUUUCGAUACCUACCGGGGGCCGGACACCACUCGACAACCCUGACACAUUGCUCAUAGCGAGUGUUGUGCUAACAACAAAAAUCCUCUAUCCAAUGGACGGAGUAGAACGAGCCACAACAAGUGACGAUGACCCGGCUUGCCUCAAGGUGGACUGGGAAAAGUGGCAGGACGUCUUUGCAGACAGAGGGGCAUCGAAGCCUGCUCGGCGCGACUUUGACUCGCUGACUUCGGAGGAUGUCUCCUCUAUGACUGGAGAGGAGAUGGAUGAGUACCUUGAAUGGUAUCGGCAAGUUCGACUAACGCCUAAGGAGGAACUCCGCAGCAUAGAGCGUCUCUUCCCGCUCAUCCAGUCAGCCGCGUAUCCCCCGGCUGACGGGGAGGACGACGAUGUUGACGAGAACAAGAUCGAGGCAAGACUACUCGAGAUCCAGGGAGCGACGACCUGGGUCAAACCACUGCCGCUUGCCGACGGUGACGAUGGUAAUAAUAUUAGGAGGCCGGGUAGUCUCCAUCAGCGUUACGAAACUCUCGAUGACCUAUCAGGCCCAGCCCAAGCUUUCCAUGAUAGAGCCGCCAGGUUAUCGGGCUUGUCCACGGCAGAUUUGCUACGAGCAGUAUUCAGACUUGAGCAGCUAUUGAUAUACUGGACAGAUCAUGUCAAAAAUGGGUCGGUAGAAGAGAUCGACAGGGCAGCAGAGAGCGUCAAACAGGUGUGUUUCGUGAAGACCCUCACCGGCAAGACCAUCACUUUGGAGGUCGAGUCCUCGGACACGAUCGACAAUGUCAAGUCCAAGAUCCAGGAUAAGGAGGGAAUCCCUCCCGAUCAACAGCGAUUGAUCUUCGCGGGCAAGCAGCUUGAGGAUGGCCGCACUCUCUCGGACUACAACAUCCAGAAGGAGUCGACCCUCCACCUUGUCCUCCGUCUCCGUGGUGGUAUAAUCGAGCCGUCGCUGAAGGCCCUGGCCAGCAAGUUUAACUGCGACAAGAUGAUCUGCCGCAAGUGCUACGCUCGGUUGCCACCUCGCGCAACAAACUGCCGCAAGCGAAAGUGCGGGCAUACGAACCAGCUCCGCCCCAAGAAGAAGCUCAAGUAA